AUGGUUUCAAGUUCAAGGCCAAUUAAGGUAAUGAAAUUUGAGGAUCUAAUCCAGUUAGUUCCGAAUUGGCUUGAACUUCCCAGAGAAUUGACAUCAAAGAUACUUCAAUUGCUUGGUCCUGUAGAAAUUGUGAGGAAUGCAUGUCAAGUGUGUCCUAUGUGGAGGAACAUUUGUAGGGAUCCUAGCAUGUGGAAGAGCAUUGAAAUGAUUAAGGGUUUCAAUUCACCCUAUAACUUAGAGAAGAUUUGUAUGUAUGUUGUUGAUCAAGGUUGUGAUCAUGUUGAAGAAAUUAAUGUUGAGUAUUUUGCUACUGAUGAACUCAUCAAAAAAAUAGCUGAAAGAACUACCAAUCUGCGGCGCAUCAGGAUCUCAAAAUGCUUGAAAAUUUCUGAUAAAAUAUUUAGUGAUGCUACCAAAAAGUUUUCACUACUUGAGGAGCUUGAACUUUCAUUCAAUAAUUUAAACAAAGAUUCUCUUGAAGCUAUUGGGCAAAACUGUCCACAUUUGAAAACACUGAAAUUCAAUAGAGCCUACAAAGGAAUUAAGUGUAUAUCCUACAAAGGUUCUAAAUGCAACAAAGAAGCAUUUGCUAUUGCAAAAACAAUGCCCGGAUUAAAACAUCUUGAGCUAUGGGGAAACAAGCUUACAAAUGAUGGUUUAGUUGCUAUUCUUGAUGGUUGUCUUAAUCUUGAAUUUCUUGACCUUCGUAUGUGUUACAAUCUUGUUAUGUUUGAAGAUUUGGAGAAAAGGUGUGAUGAGAAUAUUAAAUAUUUUAGACAUCCAGAUGAGUAUAUUGAUGAACACGAUGAUGAUAAUGAUGAUCAUGUUAAAGAGUACUAUUGUAAAUGUCGUGAUAGAGAUAGAAAAGGAAUCAAGAGGACGAAGUUAACAUAUAUGAAUUUUAAUAAGUUUCGUUAA